UCGGUUGGCCUCUGCUCUUUGGAGGCGCCUUUGAUGGGCUAAGAGGUUCGUCCGCUGCUCGGCGCCGACUCAUAACAGUCUUUACGUCUGAGUUUUUCCCCUAAGAACCUAUUUUAUUCUUCGUAUUGGUGGUAAAACAACACCGCGACGGUUUGGUCUGUGGAGCUAGCCGACGAUUACAAGAAACUUGAUGUGACCGCGCCGUGGCAGAACUCGCCCCGUCUACCUCCAAUCCUCGGUGCCUCACCCCAUGACUUCAGAUGACAGAUAAACCUUCGAGGGGAGACCCCAUCCUCACCCUGGAUCCCCCUCUUCCUGCGGACCCCUGGCGGCGCACAGAGCUUUCCUCGCCUUCCUAGAGUCUCUUCAGCGUUUUCAACUCCUCCACGUGGAGGUGGAGGAGGACCUCUCCUACAUCUGCUGUUCCAAAGAUCUCCCCCAUCCCCUUUUUUAUUUUAUUUUAUUUUUCUCCUGGUUGGUUGGAGUCCGGUUCUGCCGGCCGUGUGAGUUUUCAAAGCUGGGGCGCGAUUCAUGGGAUGCAACCAUGUCGGGUCUCAAUGAGCGCAGGCCGGUCAACACGGACUACGCUGUCUCCCUGCUGGAGCAGCUCAAGUUCUUUUAUGAACAGAAGUUACUGACGGAUGUGGUGCUGCUGGUGGAGGACACGGAGUUCCCGUGUCACAAGAUGGUCCUGGCUGCGUGUAGCUCCUAUUUCAGGGCGAUGUUCAUGAGCGGCCUCAGCGAGAGCAAGCAGACACACGUCCACCUGAGGAACGUGGACCCCGCCACUCUGAAGAUCAUCAUCGCCUACGCCUACACAGGCCACCUGGCCAUCAGCGACAGCACGGUGGAGCCGCUCUACGAGACCGCCUGCUUCUUACAGGUUGAAGACGUCUUGCUGCAGUGCAGAGACUACCUGGUGAAGAAGAUCAGCGCUGAAAACUGCGUCCGCAUGAUGAGCAUCGGCGACCUCUUCAGCUGCAGCGAGUUAAAGCAGAGCGCCAAGCGUAUGGUGGAGCACAAGUUCCCCAGGGUUUACCGACAGGAGGCCUUCCUGCAGCUCUCCCACGAGCUCCUCAUAGACAUCCUGAGCAGCGACAACCUCAACGUGGAGAAGGAGGAGACGGUGCGUGAGGCGGCCAUGCUGUGGCUGGAAUACAACAUGGAGGCGCGCUCCCAGCACCUGUCCUCUGUGCUGAGUCAGAUCCGCAUCGACGCGUUGUCGGAGGUGACGCAGCGCGCCUGGUUCCAGGGUCUUCCGCCCAACGACAAGUCCGUAGUGGUGCAGGGCCUCUACAAGUCCAUGCCCAAGUUCUUCAAGCCUCGUUUAGGCAUGACCAAAGAGGAGAUGCUGAUCUUCAUGGAGGCCAUGUCGGAGAACCAAGGCGAUGUCUACGUCAUGCAGAUGUCUGUGCCGACCAUAGUGUGUUACAGCCCACAGGCCGAGAAGGUGUACAAGCUGUGCAACCCCCCCGGAGACCUGCAGAAGGUGGGGACCCUCGUUACCCCGGACAACGACGUCUACAUUGCCGGCGGCCAGAUCCCGCUCAAAAACUCGAUCGCCAACCACGGCAGGAGCGGGAAGCUACAGGCCGUGUUCCGCUCGGUCGAUAGCUUCUUCUGGUUCGACGCGCAGCAGAACGCCUGGGUGCCCAAAACGCCCAUGCUGUGCGCCCGCAUCAAGCCGUCGCUGGUCUACUGCGACGGCUACAUCUAUGCAAUCGGCGGCGACAACGUGGGAGGAGAGCUGAGCAGGCGCACGGUGGAGCGCUAUGACUGCGAAAAGGACGAGUGGACCAUGAUGAGCCCGUUGCCCUUCGCCUGGAACUGGAGCACCUCGGUGGUGGCUCACGACUGCAUCUACGUGAUGACCCACGACCUGAUGUACUGCUACUUCCCCCGGGCCGACACCUGGGUGGAGAUGGCCAUGCGCAAGACGAGCCGCUGCUUCGCCUCGGCCGCCGCCUUUGGAGACCUCAUCUUCUACAUCGGCGGCCUCCACGUGGUCAGCAACUCCGGCAUCCGCAUGCCGACCAGCACCAUCGACGGCUCCUCCCUCACCGUGGAGAUCUACGACGUCAACAAAAACGAGUGGCGCUUGGCGGCGAACAUCCCGGCCAAGCGCUACUCGGAUCCAUGCGUGCGGGCCGUGGUGCUGCUCAACUCGCUCUGCAUCUUCAUGAGAGAGACCGGCAUGAACGAGCGCGCCAAGUACGCCAUCUACCAGUACGACAUGGAGCUGGACCGCUGGUUCCUGCGCCAGCCCGUGUCCGAGCGGGUCCUCUGGGACCUGGGGAAGGACUUCCGCUGCGCCGUCGGCAAACUGUACCCCUCCUGUUUGGAGGAAUCUCCAUGGAAACCCCCAACAUACCUCUUCUCCCCCGACGGAGGCGAGGCGUUCGACAUUGACGGGGAGCUGAUGACCCUCCCCCACGUAUAGCUCCUAUCUCCCCCCCUCCACAACGUUGCUGGAGCGUGAACAUGAUGGGAGGGGGGGGUGGCUACUGUAGCGUCUAAAGGGUCUGACGCGAGUUCUGGAGAGGGAUCGCCGGACUCGAGGCUCGUACCGUCGAAACAAGCUUUGAGCGAAUCGAUGCCCCUCGGGGGAGGAAAAAAAAAAACCCGCGACCCGUUUUCCUUUUGGUUCUGUUUUAUUAUGUCAGUGGUGACAUCUGUUAGAUUUUUCUGUUGGUCAUACUGUUUCUACAAUGUGAUAAUCUCAAACUAAUUUGGUGGCGAGGAGGAGGAUGAUGCACUUAACAGGUAAACCUUUAGGUUAACGACGAUGGAAACUGAACCAAAAUCUCUCCUCUGGAAGGAAAUACUCCACAGAAAAUCAAAGAUUACAAAUCUGGAUAGAAAAUGAAAUGCUUUUAAGAGCUUCUUUUUUGAAAGACUUGAGUUUUGAUAAAUAUUUAUACAGCUUUAAUAAAGUAAAGGGAUAAAAGAGAAGCAGUUGGGCUAAAGUUUUGUUUUUGUUGGGUUUUUUUGGCUCUGGGUCGGUUCACUCCAUUUAUUCCAAUCUGCAUUUUGGCGUCUCAUUUAAAAGAUUCAUGGUUCAUUUUUUAAUGAAUUAUGUUAAAUAUGAAAUACAUAAAGGAGGAAAACUGCUUUAGGUUCUCUUAUAAAGUAUAUGUCUAUCAUCCAUCUGAAAAUAAGGGAGUUUAUGCAUCAAUCUUCUCUCCGUAGCUUUGAUUCAUCAGCUGACUGAAACAAUUCAGUCCCUGCCAACUCCCAUUUUAUACCAUCAAUAUCAACCUCAUUUUCUUUCUGUAGGUUAAUCUGAACCACAGAAAGAUUAAAACUAUUCAUCCCCAGAGGGAAGAAAAGUCAAGAUGUCCAACAGGAUCUAAAAAUUUUCUCGUGGGUUGAUUAUAGUCCAGUUAUCGGUAGCAUCACAGCUGUUAUGUCUCAACAUCCAUCGGCACUAAACAAAAAACUAAAAUGUGUGAACCGGCGUGAUCCCCAUCACUCAUGAAAAGGAUGACGGAUCAUGACCCACAUGGCCGUACCUGGAGCAUGAGCAGAUUAUUGCAAAACACGUCCGCUGCCAUUUCAUCCACCUGUUUUCCACACUUUUAAUCAUUUCAUACCCAACUUGUUCUAUGGUUUUAGUCAGUUUUUUAUAGAUCAGUGGUCUUAAAGUGUUAAAGUUCCAUUGAUGGGUGGAUUGAAUGUUUUAUUUGGGGUCGAAUCUCAUGAAACACCUCCUGACCGAUCAUGUUGACUCCAAUCAAACUCCUGUUGAUUGGUGUUUCAUUUUAGAAAUAUUUCAAAUAGUUGGUCGACCUAAAACGUCCUUCUAAAUGGAUCGAAAUGAUUAAAACUAGUAAAGUAAAGAAUGAUUUUAAUAUUAUCUCUUUAGUAAAUUCUUCAUUGGUCUGAGCCUCCCAAAACAUGGCCGAUGACCUUUGAUUUUCAGCGGAGUAUUCCUGUAAAAACGGGAUCAUGCAUUUCUUCAAAAGGCCUCGCCGAUGCCACCGGGUGGGUGGGGGGGGCUGGUUCUGAAGGUCCGAAACAGGUGGAGGAAGUUUGAUAAAGAGGGUGGCUGCAGGUCCAGCCACCCCGAGGCCAAGCCCCACCUCUGUCACUCCAGGCUCCGCCCCCUUCUGUGCAUCAUGCCCGGUCUUCCACACAACCAGCAGUCCACACCUCAGUCUGUCUGUCUGUCGUCACGUGACACUUUGUUUCUCUCUCUGCAACAAACACAACCCCACUCGCAGUACGAACAGGUUCUGGGCUCAUGCAUUUUUUUUUAUUAUUAUUUCUAAGCUGCUGAAUUAUAUAAAUAUAUAAAACUAUAUUUUUCAUAUGUUUUAAACACCUGUUUUAGUGUGGAAGGGAUGGGGGGGGGGUAAACCAGGUCUAUUUUGUAUUUGUCUUUUUUUUUAUUUAAUAUCCAACAUUACUGUAGUGUGAUUGUGUGUAGAUCUUCAUCUUAUCAAUUACUUUUUUUUUUUGGAUGAGUACUGAGAAAUCUUGCUGCUGAUUGGCUGAGAGGAGAGGGCUGGCUCAUGGUUUUUUGGCGCUAGAUGUCGGGGUGGGUCUUCCCCUUUAUCUUUAAAAACAUGAGCACAGGUGCCUCAUGACGAACCUUACUAGCAUGUUUGGCUGCAUCAUUUUCCUUUGGCACUGUAUUUUGGAUGAACGUUAAUUUAUUAAAAAAAUAUACCAAAAACGUUCUGCAAAUAGCCUCCUGUGUCAGUUUGUUUGGAAGAAACUUACUGAGGGUUUACGGAGGGAAUUUUGUUCCAAUAUUUGUGCAGGCAACGAAUAAGUUUUGUAAAUGGAAAAAUGAAAAAAAA